AUGCAGGUUCUUGUUGCGGUGCUGAGCUUUAUCGACAUCGUGGCGCUCACGUUCCUUAACGGCUACUGGCUGAUUACCCUUGAUGAGUUGGAGCUGGACCAUCUCAACCCGGCCGACGUUGCCAAGCGCCUCAACAAACUUGUCUAUCCAGAGAUGAUCCUGCAUGGUAUUCUCAUGCUCUUAUGCCUGCUGGCAUGGGCACCGUGGGUUUUUUUGUUCAAUUUACCAAUGGCCGUAUGGCACGCUCGACGUUAUAUGCGGAAUGAGCACAUGAUGGAUCCGACAGAAAUCCUACGCUUUAAAAACCUGCAACAAGCUCGCUUGGAAUCCAUUGCUAGGACAGUCUUUUACGGUCUGCAGAUUAUUUACGGCAUGUUCUGGAUGGUCUCUGCCAUUGUCGAUUCAGCAAAAAGACGAAAGGGCGGCAAGAGCGUCUAA